UCUCCUGCCUCCAUCUUCCAGCCCCCUGGAUCUGCUGGGGCUCUACCUCACCCCGGCCUCCUGGGACCCUUCAGUGCCCAUUCCAGGGGGACACCCCGUGCAUGGCUCCCUGCCCCAAGAAUCACCCUGGGAGCCCCGCUGGCAUAGCCCCUCCCUCACCCUGGUAGUGCCGGUGGGACAGGAGCCGAAGUGUGGACAGGGACAGGGGUGGCACCUGUCCAGGAUCAGCCCGGGGUCAGCAGCAGGGGGAGAUGAGCAGCCCCCCAGCCUUCUCCAGCGUCCGCAUCUCCGGCUGCUGGGCCCUUGGGCCAGAUGGCGGUAACAGCAGUGCUGAGUCCCUGGACCGGCUGUAUCCCGCCGUGGGCUCCACCAAGCCCCCCCGCAAGCGGACCACCAGCCAGUGCAAGUCCGAGCCCCCGCUGCUGCGCACCAGCAAAAGAACCAUCUACACCGCGGGCCGGCCACCCUGGUACAACGAGCACGGCACACAGUCCAAGGAGGCCUUUGUCAUAGGACUGGGAGGAGGCAGCGCCUCUGGGAAGACCACAGUGGCCACCAUGAUCAUUGAAGCUCUUGAUGUCCCCUGGGUUGUUCUGCUGUCCAUGGACUCCUUCUACAAGGUGCUGACCAAGCAGCAGCAGGAGCAAGCAGCCAGCAAUGACUUCAACUUUGACCACCCCGACGCCUUUGACUUUGACCUCAUCAUCGCCACCCUGAAGAAGCUGAAGCAAGGCAAGAGCGUCAAGAUCCCCAUCUACGACUUCACCACCCACAGCCGGAAGAAGGAAUGGAAAACCCUCUAUGGUGCCAAUGUGAUUAUCUUCGAAGGCAUCAUGGCAUUUGCAGACAAGGAGCUCCUGAAGCUCUUGGAUCUGAAGAUAUUCGUGGACACGGACUCGGACAUCCGCUUGGUGCGCCGCCUGCGCAGGGACAUCAGCGAGCGUGGCCGGGACAUCGAGGGUGUCAUCAAGCAGUACAACAAGUUUGUCAAGCCUGCCUUCGACCAGUACAUCCAGCCCACCAUGAGACUGGCAGAUAUUGUUGUCCCCCGAGGGAGUGGAAACACUGUAGCCAUCGACCUGAUUGUUCAGCAUGUCCACAGCCAGCUGGAAGAGCGUGAACUCAGUGUCAGAGGAAGCUGCGCUGGGAUAUGUGAGGAGACAAAUGCUUAUGGCAGUGUUUUGGUUGUGGCACUAACGGUGGGGAGUGGGCGAGGGCUGUGCAGGGUGAGCUGCCUCACUAACCUGGGUGGGGGAUCCUGGGGCAGACAGCUCAUGGGGUCCUGCUUUGCUGGGGCUGUGUGGGCCAGACAGAGGUGGGGGUGCUUGAAAGAGAAGCUUUAUCCCAAAAAUGGGACCUGUUUCCCCAGAAGGCACCAUGGAGAGACCCCCCACAACACUGAGUGGCAUCCAAGCAGGGGGGUAUCGAGACUUCCCUGCCCCCACACUGCAUGGGUGUUGAAGGAAGGUGUGGAAAACUUGGUGACAAUGCUGACAGCAUUUCUGGGGGGUCUGUUGACAGCUCAGGAUGCUGGGGAGGUGUUCCCACUGCUCAUGGAGGUUGGAAAACCCUUGGCAUCUGUGGCAGGGAGCAGGAGUAAGAUCACACCGUGACAGGAGAGGGGCUGCCCAUACCACUGGCAUGGUGGGAUGCUGUGACAUGGAUCUGGCAGUGAUGGAGGGGAAAAGUUCCAGUGGCAAGCUCAGUCCUGUGCUCCUUGCUGAGCUGUGGUGAUGGGAGAUGACCCAAGCAGCUCCUCUGGUUUAGAUAACAGCAGUUUGUCACCUGGGCAAACCCAGCCGUGUGUGGCCCUGUGUCAGGACCCUCUCUGCCCCACAAAGCAGGUGAGCUGGCAGCCCCCAUGCCAGCACCAGCACCUGCCCAAGGCAGGGCUCACACCCUCACCACCACAUGUGUUGGCAUCCCAGGGGCUGAGAGGGGUUUAGGCAGGGCUGUGUCCCCAGGCCAGCUUUGGCAGGAGGAGGGAAGGGAGAGCUGUGGGGGCAGAGCUGUGGGUGCUGCCAGCAGCACAGCCCUGGCAUGGGAGCAUCUCUGAGGGCUUCUAACCCACGGGACAGCGACUAACGGAGUGAGCUCGCUUCACUGACAGCAGGGCCAGGGCCUUGAGGGCUGCUUGUCCCAAACAGCAAUGGGGUCUGCACACAACGGGCAAGCCCAUGAGGGAGCCACAACCCAUCCAUGCUCUCUGCAUGGCUGCCAGCUGUCCUGGCUCUCUGGAGCGUUCCCUGCAUGGGGGCUUUUGGCUGCUACUCAGGACUGGUAAAGCAAGAAGGAGCCCUUAAGUACCCACAGGCCUUGGGAAUGUCUCGUUUGGUGUUGGUUGGCCAAGACCAGGAGAUGGCUAUGUGGAUGGAGGCCUCAAGCAAUGCCCUCCUCCAUGCCUAUCCAUCUUCUCUGUCUUCCUCUCUGCUUGCGUGCCUCUGUGUGCCAUUAAUCCAGGUUUCUGCUUGAUUUGAAAUCUUAAUCAUUCAGUGCUUUCAUUUGCUCUCUUCUCUGCCUCCCCACCAUCUGUGUUUUUUGCUGGAUGCAGCCGCUGGCACGUGUGUGAUCUGACGUGUGGCUUUCCAACCCCAGCCCUCCUCCCAGACAAAGUAGCUUGUCCAUCCUGCCCAGCCUUAUGGAAGCCAAAUGUGACCUUCUCAUUACUGCUGCUCUCACAGGGAGAAGUGACUAAUGGGGCUCCAUUGUGCACUUCGCCAUGAAUGGUGUUCCCUUGAUCCCAGAAUAGCUCCCAGCCCUAUUCGUUAUGUGGAAUGAGUCACACAGAGCCAGUCCUGUCCAGCCAUAGAGUCUUGAAGCUGUUCCCAAUUUGGAAUGGGCCAAGUGGUCUCUAAAAUAGUCACAUUCCAGAUAUGUGCCAGUGCUGCCAGCCUGGCUGCCUGUCCAAUUCCUGGUGACAUCUGGCACUUGUAGGUCACAAAUGAUCACAACAGCCCUUUCUCACCCCAUGAGUCCAAGAUCCAUCAACAGAUAAGAUUCUGGAAUAGGAGAAGAUUUUGACUUCUUCUACUUUCUUCCCAAACAGUGGGAACCAAGAUGGGCCAGCCACCUUCAGAGAAUCUGUGGCUGCCCCAUCCCUGCAAGUGUUCAAUGCCAAGAUGGAUGAGGCUUGGAUUAACCUGGUCUAGUGGAAGGUACCCUUGCCCAUGGCACAGGGUUGGAACAAGAUGGUCUUUAAAAUCCUUUCCAACCCAAACCGUUCUGUGGUCCUGGGUCAGCUGCCCAGCAGGAAGGGCAGGUCCUUGGGCUGCAAGGUCUCCCUAACUCCAGUGACCCUGGUUUGUGGAUGCAGGUCCCUUUGCCAUGGCAGGGACCAGGCAGGGCUGGCUGCUCGCUCAGUUCAGCUGGAUAGCCUCUGUGUGUGUUUGCAGUGUGAGAUGACAUCUGGGAGGAUGGCUCUGGCCAUGUGCUGUGCUCCAGCCCUCGGGCAGCCUGCCCCAGACCUUCUGACAAUGUGUUUGGU